AGUUUUUCCCACAAUUUAUUACACUCCGCGUUUCGCAGGGAACUACAAUUGUACAUGUGUAAGUGCUUACUGUUGCGCGAAAUAUUGGUCGACGCAGACAUCACCAUGAGCGCCGGGCGAGUGUUACAUCCAACACUGGCAUCCGUCUGAUCACUUUCAUAAACGCGAAUACGACCAUAUCUUGUCCUAAUAGACGAGUCCGUUUUAACUUCUCCCGGCAUAAGGCGAUGUAGCGUAUGUUGUAUCCGUUGAUCGGGAUAACAACAACACACGGGAUAAACUUGUGAAAACAUCGUCCACUAUGCAUAGUGCAUGAGCCAUCUAGCGAAACCGGCACCAGCUGGUUGACAGUAUUAAUUAUGAUGCUUGGGCGAAGACUAUCAGUACAAUGACGCAAUAUGCUUACCUCUGUAAUUAUCUGGAUUACUGUACGGAUUACGCUUAUUUACUGGACCAUUACUGUGAUUUCUUCCCUGCACACUGUGGAUACCGCAUCCAGUCACAAAAAAACCGCUUAUGUGGACGGAGAUAUAAUGAUUGGCGCUCUGUUCGCAGUCCAUCAUCAGCCAGAACAUCGACGCGUUUACAGUGGAGACAGAACAUGCGGCAAGAUUUGGGAAGAAUACGGCAUUCAGCGGUUGGAAGCCACUCUGCGGACGAUUGAUGACAUUAAUAAGAAUCCCAAACUUUUACCUGGUGUUAAACUGGGAGUUGAAAUUCGUGAUGACUGUUGGUACUCUCCUGUUGCACUCGAGCAGACCAUCGAGUUCAUCCGCGAAUCUAUUGCUGCUCAAACUGGUGAUAUGGUUAUACCUGGUGCCGAGCUGCGAGAUGCCGAAUGUAGUCCGUCAGCAACUGCGAGUAAAAAGAAGAAAAAUUUUGUUGGGAUAGUGGGUCCCGGAAGUAGCUCGGUAGCUAUCCAAGUCCAGAAUUUGCUGCAACUCUUCAACAUUCCUCAAAUAGGCUAUUCAGCCACUAGUCCGGAUCUCAGCGAUAAAACGUCCUACAAGUAUUUUCUACGAGUAGUUCCAAGUGAUCGCUACCAAGCCGCCGCCAUCCUCGAUCUCAUCAUUCAUCAUAAUUGGACGUAUAUAUCGGCUGUGUGCACCAAAGGAAGCUAUGGAACCAGUGGACUGGAAGCAUUUAAAAGCCUUGCCAAAAAAUCAGGAAUAUGUAUUGCUACCGAAGAAACCAUUCCGAGUAAUCCGGACGAAAAAGAGUACGAUCGCGUCGUGCAGAACUUUUGGAAAUUCUAUCCUCAAGCCAAAGUGAUUGCCUGUUUUUGUGAAGGCCAAACAGUUACCGGCUUAUUCAAAGCGUUAAAAAAGUCACCGUAUUCAGGGAAAUUUCUCCUCAUCGGCAGUGAUGGCUGGGCUGACCGAACGGAUGUGGUGCAGGGGGUGGAAGAGGAAGCAGUGGGUGGAAUAUCAAUCCGCAUCCAAUCGCCGUAUAUUGACUGGUUUGAUGAUUAUUAUUUUCGCCUGAGCCCAUGGACGCACCAGCAGAAUCCCUGGUUCAAAGAGUUCUGGAGUGAACGAUUCAAUUGCUUGCUUCCUGAACCAGAAGGCUCUGCAGUAUCUGGUUUUGAAUUUGGCAACUAUUAUUUCAAUCGAACAUGCACCGGUCGAGAAAGGCUGUCCCAGAGCUACAAGCAGGAUACGAAGAUGGGAUUCGUAAUUGAUUCCAUCUACACACUGGCGCAUGGAUUGCAUAAUAUGCAUCACGAAGUAUGUAAUGGAGUACCGGGAUUAUGUGCGGAAAUGCAAACGAUCAACGGAUCCCUUUUGUUGGACUAUCUCAUGGAUGUCAAUUUCACUAGUAUUAGCGGCCACAUGAUUCAUUUCGAUGAGAAUGGGGAUCCGCCAGGCCGUUACGACAUCAUGAAUUUCCAAAAACGAAAUGGAAAAUUCAAGUAUCAUCGAGUCGGGCAGUGGGAUAAUGGUCAUCUGCGCCUGGAGCAGCCUUUUCAGUGGAAUCGCGAGAAUCAGCAUCAUCGCACAGUGGAGUCUGUGUGCAGUCAUCCCUGCAAAAAAGGCGAAGUCAAAGCCAUCCAAACGGGAGGCGUGAAAUGUUGUUGGGUUUGUCAGCCGUGCAAGCUAAAUGAGUACCUCCUUGAUGAGUUCACAUGCAAGGAAUGUCCUCCAGGCUGGCUACCAAAUGAGAAUAUCACUGCGUGUUUGCCCAUCAGGCUGGAGUAUGUCAGCUGGGACAGUACGGAAGCGGCAGUUGGUAUAUCUUUCUCCUGUCUGGGUUUCUUGGCCACACUCUUCACAACAAUUGUCUUCAUGAUGCACAACAACACCACUGUUGUCAAAGCCUCAACACGGGAACUGUCUUAUAUGAUCCUCGUGGGAAUCCAGCUCAGCUACGCCACAACAUUCCCGCUCGUGGCCAAGCCUUCACUGGAGACCUGCUAUCUCACAAGGAUUUUGCCUGGAUUUAGCUUCGCCAUGAUAUAUGGGGCCUUAGUGACCAAAACUAAUCGUAUUGCCAGAAUUCUGGCGGCCGGAAAGAAAAAGAUAAUGACAAGGAAACCGCGCUUCAUGUCAGCCUUGGCUCAAGUUGUAAUUACAUGGAUAAUAAUUGGCGUGGAGGUGGCAAUAUUGUGUGCAAUGCUAUUGAAGGAGCCGGCUAAUUUCGUAUUGCACUACCCGGAAUUAAAUCGCGCCCGUCUCAUUUGCAAUACCACUGCAUUGGGGAUUAUUGCGCCGAUGGGAUUUGACUUCUUUCUUAUCGUCAUGUGCACAGUGUAUGCCAUUAAAACACGAAAUCUGCCGGAGAAUUUUAACGAGGCGAAAUUCAUUGGAUUUACCAUGUAUACGACAUGUGUGAUCUGGCUGGCGUUUGUUCCAAUAUACUUCGGAAGUGACCAAAAGAUUCUCACCAUGUGCUUAUGUAUUAGUUUCAGUGCAACGGUGGCCUUAGUUUUUCUAUUCUUCCCUAAACUGUAUAUAAUCUUAUUGCAUCCCGAAAGAAAUACACGAAGUGCUUUUACCACUACCAACCAAGUGCGCUGCCAUAUCGGAUCCAAUAAUAUUACUAACAAAUCAAUGGAAACCAGCAGCACAGAGAGAUACACUGAACGCAUGCAAGGAUUUUACCGACGUGGGCCGAGAAGUUCGGAUUCACUGACGCAACGAAUCCCUACCCUUUUACAGCGGUUCAACAUAAAGAAAGCCCGCUCAACCACGGAAGUGGUCAAUCAUAUGUCCAGCAUAUCUUACGACAGUCCGACCCAAUCCACCGAGAACCACGUCGAGGAACACUUCAUCGUAAAAGCCAAACACACCUCCAUCAACCGCGCCAACCCCAGCAAAAAGCUGCCCCGCAUGUCCGACGUCAUGGAAGAGACCAGCACCGCAUUCCGCGAGGAUCCUCCCCUGCCCGCCAUCCAGACCACCAGCAGUGAAGCCCAAACCGGUUACGAGCUCCUGCUCCCGAUCAUCGAACAACUGGCUCACUCGACACCGACACUAAGGCGCCGACGCCGGUCGCUCCUCCUCCUGCGGAAUGAAAUCGAAGAGGAGCUUCUGAGUCCCACCGAACAGGAGACGGCCCCGCCCUGGUGGAUGACCGCCACCCGCUCUCUGGACACUAGCCUACCUCCCCAGUCUUCCCGCAUGUGCUCAAGGACGUCGGCCGACGACCUUUCCAGUCGUGGGCGCUCCAGCUCAAACGCGACGCUGACGUCCGCCACGGAUGACGUCACAGUGGCGUCCAGCCGUGUCUCACUUGCAUCGGCUAGUAACGCGUUAAUACGCCCGUACAAUGGGGACACGGAGAGUUUACGCAAUCUCAAAGAAUGGCUGGAAGAUCAGGGAAUACGUUUAACUGAUCUUCCUACUAGCCAGUUGUGAUGUGUUCGAACCUGUUGAUAGUAACUAGUAAGCAAUGUCAUGCAUGUCCGGUUACCAAAGAGAAGGAACAAGAUUUUUUAUGUCCUACCGAUCCAGGUUUCUUCAACUAGAUUUUGUGGAUAAAUAAAAAGAAAACGUGCAACAUUAAAGAGUAUC